AUGGAAUUCAGAGCGCUCGUCCUCUCGUGCGUCCUCCUCCUCGUGUCGACGUCCGCCUUGGCGCAGCGUGGUCCGCCUGGCGGAGGUCCUCCCGGCGCUCAGGGACCAGGGGGCGCGCACGCGGAGGCCCUGGCGCUUGUCCCGGCGGUUCCGGCGGACCCGGCGAAAAGCCGCCGCACGUCCCCGCUUUCCCUCACCUGCCCCUUUAUCUUCGCGCCCUCUCUCAGAAACGCCACCAGCAAUUACAAUCUGCUCGUCGAGGCCCUCCUGGUGGACGCGGCAGGCAGUCCCCCCGACUCGCUGGCGAUCGUGAAGGGCGCCGUGUGCGACGCCGCCGCGACGAGCAUCCUCGCGCUGCCGCUCGCCGCGCCGGACUGGCAGCAGCGCGCGGGGUGGUGGCUGCUGCGCGCGGAGGCGCGCCUCGACGCGUUCCUCGAGAACGCGGACGCCGCCACCCUCGACGCGCUGCUCGCCGUGCUCCCGACCGCCUCGCCUCCGCCCACCAGCGGCGGCGGGCGCAACGGCGGAGGCAACGCUGGCGGAGGCAGCGCGGGGGGCACGCGGAACGGGCAGGGCGGGAGGCGCAUGGGGCGGGAGCUGCUGAAGCGUGCAUUCGGCCGCACUGAUAGGCAGGGGGGACAGAAGCAGGGGGGGCAGCAGCAGCAGGGGGGAGCGCAGAAGCCGCCUGCAGGUGGCUUUCCAGGUGGAUUUCCAGGUGGCGAUGGCGGAGUGAACAGCACGGUGAGCGGGUAUGCUGUGCUGGCGGGUAGCAGCGCAGCAGGUGUGACGUGGGGCGGGCAGCUCAUGGGCGCCAAGAUGCCCGUCACUGCUGUUUAA